CCGAGCCUCGCGGGGCCGCCGCCAGCCCUGCCGGCCGCCUCGCCCAGCCCGCCGGGGGCGCUGCGACCCCGCGGCCCGCGCCCAGCUCCGGGGACCCGGCGGGGCUCCGCGAUCCCCGCCGCCGCCGCGCCCGUUCCAGGGCUCUGGAGGCCACAGGCAUGAUGCUCCGGGUCCUGGUGGGCGUUGUCCUCCCUGCCAUGCUGCUGGCCGCCCCCCCGCCCAUCAACAAGCUGGCACUGUUCCCGGACAAGAGCGCCUGGUGCGAAGCCAAGAACAUCACCCAGAUUGUGGGCCACAGCGGCUGCGAGGCCAAGUCCAUCCAGAACAGGGCCUGCCUAGGACAGUGUUUCAGCUACAGCGUGCCCAACACCUUCCCGCAGUCCACAGAGUCCCUGGUGCACUGUGACUCCUGCAUGCCAGCCCAGACCAUGUGGGAGAUCGUGACCUUGGAGUGCCCCGGCCAUGAGGUGAUGCCCAGGGUGGACAAGCUAGUGGAGAAGAUCCUGCACUGCAGCUGCCAGGCCUGCGGCAAGGAGCCCAGCCACGAGGGGCUGAAUGUCUACGUGCAGGGCGAAGAUGGACCAGGCUCUCAGCCGGGCACCCAUCCCCACCCCCACCCCCACCCCCACCCUCACCCCCACCCCGGUGGUCAGAACCCUGAGCCCCAGGAGACUCCUGGGGCCCCCCACGUUGAAGAAGAGGGGGCUGAGGACUGAGGCCCCCACUCUUCCUCCCCUCUCGCCCCCUGUGGAAUGUUGGGUCUCACCCUCUGGGGAAGCGUGAGGGGAGAGGCGGAAGCUCCCCGGGCACUGGAUGAACUUGGAUUCAGACUUGGACUUGGAAUGCUGUCUGGUUGCCAUGGAGAUCUCAAGGGGAGGAGUUGGAGCCAAGCUUCACAAUCUAAUAUAUUGAAGAGUGGGGGGAGUAGAAGGCUCUUUUUGGAAGGGGGACGGGCUUUCCUUUCUGCCUUGUAGAAAUGUGUCCUUGGGAGGGGGAGGAGGGCGGCUAAGCUGCCGAGUCGUGGGUGAGGCUUCCAAGAUGGCAGGUGCAGGCCAAGGCCUGCUGGCCCUUGGUGGGGCAGGACCCCCAGGGGUGGAGCUAGAUGGUGCUGCCACGGGCCCUGGGCCAAGGGUGGCACCAUGCCAGCGUCCACCUGGCAGGAGGACUGAGCUAGGAAGACCAUUGGCAGAAGCAAGAAACUCCAGCCCCCACGUUUCCCUGAAGGCCUUUCCUGGACACUCCACCUCCAGGGAAGCAUCUGCCCUGGGCACGAAGUGCCCCUCACCCAACAGAAUGGUUUAGGAGUCAGGCUGGGCCGGACCCUGCUGACUCAGGGCACCAGGGCUAGGGCCAUGCCCUCUGGGCCUUGCUCUGGCUUCCUUGGCUUGCUUGGUGUUGGGGACAGUGGCGGAGCCUCCCUGGGGCCUGGGUUGCGGGUGAGUCUCCCAGUCAUCCCGAGAGGGUCCCUCUGUGGUAGACACUGCAGUGUCUCCUGUGCCCCUGCCCCAGCUCCUCAGAGAGCUCCAGGGGCAGGGGGAGGUCUUUCUGGGGGCCGAUAGGAUGGGGUGGUCUCUCUCACCAGAGGGUCCAAGCAGGACCAGAGUGGAUGUUGGCUGAGCCUCUGGGAGCUCCAGGACAGGGUGACCCCUGUGGGUGACCUGUGAUCUCGGCUCUUUAGCUCCCUAAUCCUGCCCCCCACCAGCUGCACUUUAAACCUAGAGGGAUGUGGGACUGGGCCAGGGUGGGUGGGCAGAGGGUAAAGCUCCCCCUGCCCCCUGAACUGCCCAUGCUGCUCUCUCAUGUGUGCCCAGGGCGAUGGCAGCCCCCCACUCCUGCCUGGGGGUACCUGGCCCCUUGGCUGUUCCCACAGACGAGAGCUUCUGUAGAGCUUGUAAUCAGUAGACUCCCCCUGAAGGACCCUGAGUCUUCUCAUGAAUAAAUGCCUUCAAUGCC